AUGCUUCGUCUGGGACCCACUCGUAUCUUCUUGGGAGAAGAAGACCUCCGGUAUCAUCUGGGAAGAGUUUACCUGCGCCAGACAGAAUCCGCGGCGGGAUUUAACACGGAUCAAACUGACAGUGAUUAUGAGGACGGAGAUGAGGACGAGUAUGAAGACGAGGAUGACAAGACUUCUGUCGGCUCUCAGGACUUCUCGCCAUAUGCUCUGUCCCAUUUCAAAGCGUCCAGCUCAGAUUCCACCAGUGAGCCAGAUGGUUGGCCACAAGGUCGAUGGCCGAGAAACUGGAGAACAAAUGCUGUCUGCCUCUCGUCGACGUUUGCUGAUUCCACCACUCUCGGCACGUCGCUGUCUUCGCGCAUCGAACUGGCGUCCUCUCGCAAGAUCACGACACGCCUGCUAUACUGGCUCACUUCAACAUUCACCAAACACAAACACACCAACUCCCACCAGCUUGAAGUCUGA